AUGGCCGGACGUCGAGGCGCAAAGGGCCGCCGAAGCAGCGGCGGCGGUGAUGCCUCAGGCUCGCUGAGCCGCUCCGCUGGCUACGAUGACAUUCCCAAGGAUGACGAAGAUCUUUUUGAGGCUAGCCGCGAUCAGAUUCUCUUAGACGGUUACGAUCGUGCCGCUGGUGCCUCGGACGAUGACAUGGACGUUGGCCUUAACAAUCGCGAAGUCUUGGGCGUUGCUGAGGCCCCCUCUGACGAGGAUGAAGAAUCCGAGUCACAACACGAGCAAGAUCAGGAAGAUGCGUACGAAGACGAUCAGGCUUACUCGGCUCGACAGGCUCGAAAGGCGAAGAAGGCCGAUAUUGUGGUAUCUUCCGACGAUGAUGUUGACCUUGAUGAUGAUGAAGAAGAGGACCAGGAGGAGGAUGGACGAAAGCUGCACGAAAACGACCGAGGCUGGGGCGUUAACAAGCGAGCCUACUACAACACCAACGACCUCGAUGCCAUAGACUCGGAUUCAGAAAUCGACGAGGAGCAGGCACGCGAGCUUGAGCUCAAAGAAGUGAAGCGCUUGCAGAAGAAGAGCCGUAGUGCUAUGGAUGAUUCGGACUUUGGUAUCGGCGGCGACGAUGCCGACAGCCAACUCGCCAAAUCUGCUAAGGACGCUUCGCGGGAACAACGGAGGCGAGAAUUCGACGACGAUAAUAGCAGUAUCUUGCCCUCCUCGAUCGACAAAGAGUUCAGCACGUCCAUUUCCUCGACAAACGGCGUAACCGCAGGACCAGCAGAUGAAUCUUCUCGUCGGGCCCUUCUGGUCAAGCUACAACAAAUGAGCCCUGAGGCUGUGGCGCUUGCGGGCGAAUACGCUGAUAUGCUCGAAGAGUUUGGACGAGUCGACCAAUCGCUGAAAAAGACGAUGGCAGAGCAUCCGAACCACGCUAGUCUGGAAGUGAAACACGUCCACUAUCAGACGCUCGCUGUCUACAUUACUACCAUGACUUUCUACUUCCACCUUCGCGCCUCUCCCGAAUUCGCCGCCGAGCCUGCCAAGCUACGAACACACCCGGUGAUGCAGCGUAUGAUGCGACUCAAACAAGGCCUUAGCGUCAUGGAGGAUCUCGGGCUGACCUUUGAUCCACUCCGCAUAUCUGCAAGCUAUGGUGGUCUCUCCCCCAACGAGAUGGACGACAUGCAUAUGCUCAGCCAAGGCAGUGAAGAUGACGACCUUGGCGAUCUAGACGAAAACGAGUUGACAGAUCUCAUGGCGGAUGCCGUCGCAAGCAGCGGCAAAGAGAAUGUCACACCCGUCAAAGCCAAGAAGAACGCAAAGAAGCAAAAGCGCAACGCGGACAACGACGAUCAAGACCAUGUGGAGGCCACUGAGCCCAAGCAGAAGAAAAAGAAGAGCGCCGGCAUCGACAAGAUGAAAAAGCAGGCAGCUCACGCAAAGAAGGUGGAGUCUGUCGCACCAUUGGCAGCUGGUUUGGCCGAUCUAGACGAUGAGCCGACGCUGCAAGUCAAGCUUAAAAAGAAGGGCAGCGGUGCUAACACCGCUGCCAGAAAUCCAUUCGCGGUGUCUGCCGACGACGCCAACUUCGAAGACGCGACCUUGGGCGAAUUGUCGGGGCUUUCUUCGAUUGAAUCGGCUGAGCGGGCGGCGAGGAAGCGAUCACUGCAGUUCCACGCCUCUGCCAUUGAGAGCAAAGCGCUGCAGCGUUCCAAGGCAGCCAAGGAACGCCAAUCGGGCGACGCUGACAUUCCGUACCGCGACCGUGAACGAAGUAGAGCUGGUGUCGAGGCGACCAAAGCAUCCCGAGAGGCCAAGCUGCAACAACAGCUCAAUGGCGGUAUGGGCAAGGAGACUGCGCUGGAUGACGAGGAUGGAUGGGGAGAUGCAGAUGAGAAGGACUGGCGCGACGUUAUGGGUCAGCCCAUGGACGCGUCUGCUAAGCCUCGUCUUGGCAACGAUGACGACAACGACGGUGAUGACGACGCAGCCGACUAUUACGACCUGGUCGCAUCCUCGCGCAAACGCGCCCGCGUCGAAGCAAAGGCCGAGUACGACGAAGCACGCAACGCCGAAAGGUUCGCACUCAUGGAGGACGACGUGCUGGAAGACGGCGAACACCGUGGCAUCACUCGUCAGAUCGAAAAGAACAAGGGCCUCACACCGCACCGUCCCAAGACAUCGCGCAACCCGCGUGUCAAGAAACGUCUCAAGUACGAGAAGGCAAAGAAGAAGCUCGGCUCUCGCCAAGCUGUUUUCAAAGGUGGUCAGUCCUCUCUCCAGGGAGGAUAUGGAGGAGAAGCGUCGGGUAUCUCGUCGCAUUUGGUCAAGUCCAGAAAGCUUGGUUGA